CAUUUUAACCUCUUCGUCCCCGUCCCCAUACUUUUCUCCUCUCCUUCUCCCAAAGCAAGACGAUUCCUCCACGCAAACCAACCAAAAAAAAAAAAUUCACGUAUAAAUUCCAACCGCGUAUAGAGAGAGAAACGAUCUCUCCCCAUUCCCCAGGUCGUCGUCGUCGUCGUCGUCGUUAGCACCAUGGCCUCGAAGCGGAUCCUCAAGGAGCUCAAGGAUCUCCAGAAGGAUCCCCCCACAUCAUGUAGCGCAGGCCCUGUUGCCGAAGACAUGUUUCAUUGGCAAGCGACGAUAAUGGGUCCACCUGAUAGUCCUUAUGCAGGGGGAGUCUUUCUUGUUACCAUCCACUUUCCUCCGGAUUACCCAUUUAAACCACCCAAGGUAGCAUUUAAGACGAAGGUUUUUCACCCAAAUAUUAACAGCAAUGGAAGCAUUUGCCUUGACAUCUUAAAGGAACAAUGGAGUCCUGCUUUAACUGUUUCCAAGGUGUUGCUUUCUAUCUGCUCCCUAUUAACGGACCCGAACCCAGACGACCCAUUGGUUCCGGAGAUUGCGCACAUGUACAAGACCGAUAAGAACAAGUACGAGACCACCGCGAGGAGCUGGACGCAGAAGUACGCGAUGGGCUAAGCUCACCGACGAAAGGGUAGGGGAGAUUGUUUGGGUUCAUUUGCCUUGUUAAUCGCCUGAAGUUCGAUGACUGUUCUAGCCGUAUGAAAUAUACUAUAGUCUAUGUUAUUGCCUUUCCAGCCAGAUUGUUCUCUGCAAGCUCUUUACAAAGAAGUUAAACAUUUCUGUAUUUUAACUAUUGUAAUGGAAAUUUGAUGUUUGGAACAAUUCA